CAGCGGUGGUGAAAGCGGGGGGCAUGGCGACCAGUUCCGAGUAUGAUUCACUGGAUGACGUGGAGGUAGUGGACAUUACUCGUCAUUCCUCGGAUGAUGAGGAUGAGGAUGAUGAGGAUGAUGACGGUGAUAUGGGCUUUGUCCUCGGCGUGCAUCACCCUACUGCACCUGGUGCUGAUGAUGAUGACGAUGUCGGUAUUGUAGAUGAUGACGAUGAUGCCAACGAGACGCUUGGCAUCCUCGACGAUGGCGAAGCCAACGAGACGCUUGGCAUCCUCGACGAUGGCGAAGCCAACGAGACGCUUGGCAUCCUCGACGAUGGCGAAGCCAACGAGACGCUUGGUAUCCUCGACGAUGACGAAGCCAACGAGAUGCUUGGCAUCCUCGAUGACGACGGCCUCAGCCCCAAUGAGUCGCUUGGUCUCUUCAAGGGCAGCGUCGACAGACGCCUCGAGUCGGCAGCAAACAUGGAAAAUGCCUCCGGCAAGGACGGCGACAACGUUCGCAGGCUGGAGAUCGAGUUGGUCGAGGCAACGCGUGCGGCAGAGGCGGAGCGGCAAGAGCUGACGAGCAAGGUGGAAAAGGCCAAGGCCGAGGCAAGCGAGGCGAUGGCCGAGGCCGCUGCGCUGCGGACGGCGCUUUUCGAGGAGCAGGAGCGGGUGCGGAGUGUGCUUAAUGAGCUAGCUACGGCACAAGCGACGCUUGCUGACGCGCGGGAAUCAGAGGCUGCCGCCGUGGCUGAGAGCGUGGCGAACCGGGCCGAGGCCGAGGUUCUUGUCGACAAGUGCCGCGAGGCGUCGGCGGCGGCUGUGCAGGCCGCAGCCGAUGCCAACGCGCAGCGCGCGGUGCGGGAGAUGCAGGACGAGGAGCUUCAGGGUCUGCGCGAAACGCUGGCCCGGAUUGGCGUCGCGCCUGCAGCAGCACAGUCUGUCGAAGCUGCGCACGCGCUCAGCCGUGCCGCCGACGCCCGGGCUUCCGAGCUCUCGUCGCAAGUCAAGACCAUGCAAGCUGCUGCGCAGCUGGCAGAGACACAGCGGACCCGGCUGGCAACGCUGCUGCAGCUGGCGGAGGCUCGCAACGCGGCGCUGACUCGGCAACUCGCUGCCGCCGCCGCCCAGGCCGCUACCGACCGCAAAGCCCUCUGCGUCGACCUUGGGCGUGCGCUCAACACUCUCUCGGACUCGCACCAGGCAGAGCUUGAUCGGUUGGCGGCUCGGCACAACCGCGCAGUUGCGGUCCUCGAGUCCGAGGUUAGUGCGCUGGAGGCUGCGGUUCGGCGCGAGGCCGAUGCUGCCACCGACGACGUUGUCGUCCUCCGCGCUCAACUCCGACGGAGCAGGCUGCAGCUUGCCGCCGCCGAGGACGAGCUUGCCCUGCUUGCGCGGCGGCGUGCGGCUGGGCCUGACAUCGACACGUCAUUGGCGGCCGAGAACAUGCAGCUCUCGCUAUCGCUGAGUGAGGCACAGGCCAAACUGGCCGCGACGCCGAGCGGGACACCGAGUGGGACACCGCUUCGCACGGGCAGUGGCAACAACCCAGCGAUCUCGCUCUCUUCCGAGGCCCUCGUCGACCGCGAGUCGCUCCGCGGCGAGCUGACCUCGCACAGGGCGCAGUUGGCGCAGCUGCAGGGCGACCAUCGCCAGCUCCGCAAGGCGUACGCCAAGCUCGAGGACCUGCACCGCGAGGCUAUGGCCCAGCUGAGUGAGGCGCAGUCGGCCGAAGUCAUCAACGCCGACGUCCAGAUGGAGCUAGAGGAGAUGCAUGAGGCCAACAUGUCGCUGCGGCGCAAGCUCGAGCGGGCGUCGAGAGCCAUCUCGGUGCUCAAGAGCCGCGUGGUAACGGCUGCAGACGGACCGGCGUCGCCGGCCGCGCUCGCUGCAGACCGCGUCGCCGCCGCCGAGUCGCGUGCAGACGCCGCCGAAGGUGCGCUCGAAGUUGAGCGCUCGCGCUCGCUGGCAGCAGCCAACCAGUGGGCUCUGGAAAAGGAGGAGCUGCGAGCAAUGAUCACGUCACUGCAGGCCGUGGUGGCCCAGGUCCAGGUUGAGCGCUCGUCGCAGGCGUCGUCGCUGGAGGAGCUCUCGUCGCUGGCAGCGUCGCUCAACGCGUCAGCCGAUCUCGACUCGGCCACCAUGGCCGAGCGGGUCGUGCACCUCGAGGCCGAGUUGGCCCGGACCCAGACUGAGCUGAGCCAGGCCAAGAGCGCGGCGGCUAGUGUGGCGGCGCAGCAGCAAGCGUCGUCUCCCAUCCGCAAUCCAGACGACGUGGUCCGCAACGCAAUUCUUGCCGAAAAACUUGCUGCCCUCCAGGCCAAGCACCAGGAGACCCUCGCCGAGCUGCAAAUUGUGCUCGAGCGUGCCGGGCCGUGCAGCAUGUGCGGGUUCGACCCACGGCGCGAUGACGAGGCCGUGCUCGAGACCGAGAUUGGCCUUGACGUCGAGCUGACUGUCCGGGCGCCGGCGCUCCGCUCGCAGUCGGUCAUCGAGGCCUCGCUCAUCUUUGUCCCGCUGCGGUCGCUGGCCAUCGCCACCCGCGUUGUCCGGCAGGAGCUGGGUGCAGUAGUGGUGGCCUUUACCCCGCCGCGGGUUGGAGUCUACGAGCUCCACGUUGUCGCCGAUGGCCUGCCGCUCGACGCAUCGCCGCUGCGAGUUGACGUCAUCAAGCAGUCGGGCCGGAUCAGCGCCACUGUGCGCACCGAGUCGCCGCCGGUCAUGGCGCGGGCCGAGCCCUGCAACGAAUGUGGCCGUCGGGCACAGCACCUUGCCUCGUGCUCACAGUACCUCGAGACUUGCGGGGAGUGUGGCGAGCGGGUGCGGCGUGUCGAGCUGCAGCGCCACGCUGCAGUUUGGUGUUCCUCGCGGCGGGUCUCCUGCGGCGUCUGCGCCUCGGUCCUGCGCGUCGGCGACUAUGCCGGCCACAUGGGCCGCCACGUCGCAGCGUUCAAGGCCAAAACCGUGGUGGAGAACCCGGCCACUCACUUUGGCGUCUUUAUCUGUGAGAACUUUACCGGUGGAGCCCGCGUGGCUUCGGUCCGCCGCGGCCAGCCGGCGCAGCUCGCCGGCCUCCGUGGGGACGACAUCAUCACCGCUGUCGCCGGCAUUCGCGUCGAGUCCAAGGACGAGUUUGCCCGGGUCGUCCGCGGCGAGUGCGUGCCGACCGUCCCGGUCCAGAUCGACUACCUCCGCGACUCGGAGCUAUUCACCGUCACCUGCGUUCCUGAGCAGAUCGGUCUCUCCCAGCGCGAGUUUGAGCAGCUCAAGAUCCUCGCUGCCGAGUGGCUUCCCGACUACGAUCCUGAGCCGCUGCUCUCCGACGCCGCCGACGGUGGCGCUGACCUCGUCCCUCCGCCAUCGUGAGCCCGGCCUUUGUGCACCGCAACCGGCAGCCCACA